AUGUCGGAGCAACCUCCGACGACGCCGGGAGGCUCUGGUGCCUCUGCACCGGGGUCUGCCCCCUCCCCUGCGCCUUCAGCGAGCACCGCCGCGCCCGCCUCUUCCUCGACGACGACCGGCACCACAACUGCCGCAGGAGCCGCCGCUGAAGCGGCCAAGAAGGCGCCGCAGGAGCUGAAGGGCUUCCGCAAGGCGCUGGAGCACACUGGCCUGCCGAAGAGCGUGAUCAACUGGAAGCCGCGCCUGCCGAGCCGGAACUGGUGCAUCUUCCUCACUGUCGUCGGCACGGUGAGCUACAUCUACUACGACGACCGGAAGCAGGCCAAGGAGAUCCGCAAGCGGUACGAGGAUGCGGUGCGGCCCAUGGCCGCCGUGCCGCUCAAGAACACGCUCGACCUCCCCCGCAAGGUGACCGUGUAUGCGGCGCGCUGGCCCGAGGACGACGAGAGCGACCGCGGUCUCCUCUACUUCAGGAAAUACGUCAAGGUGAGUGAUCUUCGGUGGGCUUCGACGUCCUCUCCGGCGAUGGUCGUGUGCAGACCCCGGGGGCUAGCUGGAAUCGGACUACUCGAGCUAACUGCCCAGCCAUACCUCGCCGCGGCGGCGAUCGAUUAUGAGUUGGUGCACGCGCCUUUGUACGGCUCUGUCGCGCGCAUCGUGCGCGCCAAGGUGCUCAAGGCGCGCCGCGAGAGCCUGAACCUGAACCCGGGCGACAUCCUCGGUCCCGUCGAGAAGACGGACAAGGAGCGCGAGCUGGAGCGGCAGGCGGACGAGGGCGGCGUCGUCCUCAUGGGCCGCCCGACGAUGAAGGACGUCAAGAGCACCCUGGGCGACGAGCCGUUUGCGGACCCCCCGGCGCCUCCCGCCGGAGAGGUCGUCCUCGAGUCGUCUCCCGAGGGAACGGCUGUUGCCGCUACGCCUGUCCCCGCGGUCCCGACUGGAGCGGGGGUGCAGCACGUCGGCCUCCCGAACCCCGCGGCCAAGCUCUCGCUCCCGCCCGUCGAGGACGACGAGCCCGUGAAGAAGUCGUGGUGGUCCGGCCUCUUCGGGCACGGCGGCCGCAAGGCGCCCUCGCCCUCGCCCCAGACCCAGACGCAGACGCCCGAGGCGCCGCAAAAGUUCUCAAUCCCGCCCAACUGGCACGAGCCCCCCACCCCCUUGCCUCCGCACGCCCCCGUCCUGCUCGUCGACUGGUGCAACCACCUCGGCUUCAAGCAGAUCCCGUACAUGAUCUACGACUUUUUCACGGAACACAAGCGCGUGAAAGCGGGCGCCGAGGCGGCCUACGCCCUCAUCACGGAGCAGGUGCGCGCGUUCGAGCCGCCGAGCGUGACGGCCGAGGUGGCCGUGGUCGAGGACGCCGAGGCCCUGCACGAGGGCGAAGCCAUUCCCUCCGCCGCGUCCAUUGCGGGUCACCAGGGCGGGGACCUGGACUUUGACACGCAGUUCGAAAAGUACUACAAGAAGGACUAUGCCAAGACGCCCGAGGAGAUCGGGAAAGAGCGCGAAAAGUACUACGACGAGAAACUGCCCAAGCGCGUCGAGGCCGCCAAGGCUUUCGCGAGGGGAGAGCGCGAAAUCACCCCCGAGGAGCAGAAGAGCGACAAGCCCGUCGAGACGGUGCAGAUGCUGCGCGACGAGAGGAACAAGAAGGAGCUCAGGUGGGAGGGAAACCUCGAGGGAUGGAGCAUUGUCAAGCCUGACACACCCGUCGCUUGGGACCCCCGCUUCGCCGGCUGGCUCAAGGUGUAUCAGGCCGCGCCCGAGAGUCUUGACGCUGUCAUGAACGUCCCCGAGAAGAACGGCGAGAGCCGGCUCGAGUAA